AUGCUGCCUCAAUUGCUCAGGUUUCAAUCAACUUUAACAAAGGAGUCUAUAACUCAACAACGGUUCAAAGAUUCCAUGGCAAGAAUUGGUUCUCAAGCUAUGAUUUUGACAUCUUCGAUGAACAAUAAGACGUCACAUGCGUCGUUUCGAGGAUUAACUUUGUCAUCAGUUAGUUCACUGUCACUAAAACCAAAACCUUUGGUGCAGUUCAAUUUGCAGGUGCCAUCGUUCACGUCAGAAGCACUUCACAAGUAUAAACAUUUUGCCAUACACCUGUUGAAACCUAACAUGGUGUCAACAAGACUCGCCAGGACGUUCAGCAAGGGUGCCAUGGUACACGACUCGAGCGGAGAAAUCGUGCCUACGCGGCCGUUUGAAGACUUGGUUGAAGAAAAGCAUUAUCGGACCUACAAGCUGUCGUCAUCGGAUUUGGUGAUACCUAUACUUAAAAACGCGGAGCGGGUGUUUGUGUGUGAGGCAAUGGAGGUGUUUAAAGUGGGUGACCACGAAAUUUGGGUCGGUGAAAUUCAGGAUAUCUUGACCAACGGUGGCGAUCAAUCUGUUGACGGUGGAGUCUUGUAUUGUAACAGAAAAUUCCAUGUUUUAGGGGACCAAAUUACUUGA